UUCUAAGUUAAUUGACAUGUGAAUAUGUUGUGUUUACCUCUGAUAGAAUUUUUACAAUUAAAUUUAAAAUGAGCUCAAAUCUCGAAAAGCUAUUAAGUAAAUAGAAUAGUUAGAUUUUAUUACAAUAUAUAUUGAUUUUUUUAAGUUUUUAAAGAAACAUAUUGAAUGCCUGUGUGCCUUUCAAUUUUGUAUUGUUUUAGAAAGAUGAACAUUCUUUUAUAAUAUGUUUCAUCUCAAUAAAGUUUAUGGUAAAUUUAUAUUACAAUUGUAAAUAAAAAUCCAUUUAAAGAUUUAAAGUGGUAAUUUGAUAUCUUAAAAAUCAACUAUGAACGAGGAUUGUAAAAAAGCUGAAGCAGAUGCAGUUGAAUUUGCUACUCGUGCCAUAGACUUUGAUAAACAACAAAAUUUUGAUGCUGCAAUAUAUUACUAUCGAAUUGCAGCCCAGACACUAAAUGGUGCUUACCUUCUUGGAUCUCAGGUAGCUGGGAUAUUAGAUAAAGCUCAUGAAUAUAUUAAUAGAGCAGAAGCUUUGCAGAAAAUAAAACAUGAAAUAAAUGCAAAGAGGCCAGAAAAGAAUGAGCAAAAGUUAGAGUUGGAACGUGCUGAAUUUUUGUUACGACAUGGCUUAGAAGAAGAUGAAGCAGGGAAUGAUGAGGAAGCUGUAGAACUAUAUCUGCAAGCAGCUGAACUUUGCUUAAAAGCUCGAAAGUCAACAAAUGAUAAAAAUUUACAAGCGAAACUUACUGGUUUGGCAGAAAAUGCUUUGGACAGAGCUGAAACUUUGAAAAAGAAAACAGCAGUUGUGAAACCUCCAUCUCCUCCUUCAUCACCCCUUCCUGGAAUCUCUAAUUUGAAAGUGAAUGAAAUCCCUAAUCAAAAGCAAGUGUUAGUUAAUAAUCGACCAAGCUCUCCCACGCCUCUUCAUCAGAUAUCUGGUAGAGGAACUUACACAAAAGAAGAGAUUGCUGUUUUAAGAACUACAUCCAUUGUAAAUGGUAGAGAAUAUGUGCCAUUCAUGUCAAUCGAUCUGAAAGAAAGAUUUGCUUAUCCAAUGCCUUUCAGUGACAGAGAUGGUAAACUUGCUCUUAGUCCUAAGCAGAGAGCUGUAUUUAAUAAAUGGGUUCGCUUGGAAGACAUUUCAUCGAAACCUGUUUUGAUUGAAGUAAUAGAUUGUUUCAGCUUAAGGCAGACUAUAGUUUCUGAUUGUUCCUUUGUUGCAUCAUUAGCUGUCAGUGCUCUCUAUGAAAAAAGGUUCAAGAAGAAAGUAAUAACUAGCAUUAUAUAUCCACAGAACAGAGCUGGUGACCCUGUAUAUAAUCCUUGUGGGAAAUAUAUGAUUAAAAUGCAUUUUAAUGGUGUUCAGAGAAAAGUUAUAAUUGAUGAUUACAUCCCAAUGGGAAUGCAUGGAGAACUUCUUUGUUCAUUCUCUAGUAACAAAAAUGAAUUUUGGAUCUCUCUUUUAGAAAAAGCUUACAUGAAAGUCAUGGGUGGUUACGACUUUCCAGGUUCAAAUUCUAAUAUCGAUCUUCAUGCACUGACAGGAUGGAUACCAGACAGAAUUACUCUUGAAGUGAAUGAUCCGACUUUUGCAAAAGAUGCUGUUUUUAAAAAACUUCAUAGUAAGCAUAAUAUAGGGCAUGUGUUGAUAACAGUUGCUACUGGUGAAAUGAGUGACAGUGAAGCUGACCGUGCAGGAUUAGUCCCUACACAUGCUUAUGCUGUUUUGGAUGUUAAAGAAGUUUUAGGAAAGAGAUUAUUCCUUUUAAAAAAUCCUUGGAGUCAUCUGAGAUGGAAAGGGCGUUAUUCUGAACAUGAUACAAAAAACUGGACUCUACAAUUAAAAGAAGCUUUAAAAUAUGAUCCACGAAAUGCUCAAAUGUUUGAUAAUGGGGUUUUUUGGAUAGAUUAUGAUUCACUUCUUCAUUUUUUCCGAGUUAUAUAUUUGAAUUGGAAUCCAGAAAUUUUUAAAUACACAUAUUGUAUCCAUCAAUCUUGGAAAGCUGGUGUUGGCCCCACAAAAGAUUUGUUUAAUAUUGGAGAAAAUCCUCAGUUUUGCUUAGAUUUGAAAUCAUCUAAUUGUGCUGUGUGGAUUUUAUUAACUCGUCAUAUUACAGACAGAGAUGAUUUUGCAAAUAAUAGAGAAUUCAUAGCUGUUGUUGUUUAUAAAAAUGAAGGUCAUAAAGUUUACAUACCUGAUGAUCCUGAGCCUUAUAUUGAUGGUGUGAGGAUUAAUAGUCCUCAUUAUUUGUGCAAAAUGGUUAUUCCUCAAGGUGGAACAACUAAAUACACAUUAGUUGUAUCGCAGUAUGAAAAAACGAACACAAUUUAUUUCACAUUACGAGUUUAUGCCACUUGCCCGUUCACUCUCUCAAGCAUUCCAAAUGUAUAUAAACACAAGCAUGAGAUAAAGAAUGGCGAAUGGACCAGUGAAUUAAGUGGAGGUUGUGCCAACCAUCCUCUGACACAUCAAAACAAUCCUAUUUAUCAAGUGGCAUUACAAUCUUCUUCAGAUGAUAAUCAAAUGUUAAUUGAUCUGAAAGGUCCAAAGCAAUUUUUUGUUGGCUUUGAAGUAAUUACUGUGACAGUAAAUAAUUCUAGCAGUCCUGGUUACUUUUCUAAAAAAUCGUCAGGCUCUUUCAGACCUGGUCACUCGAUUUUGGAAAUAUUGAAUGUUCCUGCCGGCAUUUAUAACAUAAUGCCCAGCACCUUUAAUCCUGGCCAGAAAGGCCCAUUCUUCCUCACAAUCCAGGCAACAUGUCCCAUCAAAGUCUCUCGCAUAAAAUAGUUUUUGCUGUUUCUGAAUAUUUAUUUUUAUUAUAAGCACUCACAUUGUCUGUUUGUAAAUGAAAUUUAUUUUAUUUAUCAUAUAUUAAAGAAAUUAUUUGCUGUUA